UCCAUUUUCAUUUCAAAGCACACAUUUUUCAUAAACAAAAUACCAUAAUGUAUUGUUUUUAUUUAUAAAUUAAACUCAGUAUUUUAUUGGAGACUACAAGUGGAUUGUAACUAUUAAAAUGGUUACUGCAUCUUGUAAUGACCAAAUAUCGUUAUUUUAAUGUACUAUAGUCAAGUUAAAGUUUUUCGAGCUUAUUCGUAUACAUAUACGUAUUAGAUUUGUUUGAUAAUCAUUUAUAUCAAAACAUUGAUUGGGAGUUGGUGACUUUGAUAAUAAUUUAUCUACUUCAUUUCUCAACUAAUUAUCAUCCAAAAAUGUUUAUCAACAAACGUGUCCUAAUUUGCAGUCAGUCAUCCAAUGUAUCAUUACAAUUUGUAAGAAAUUUUAUUCCAAAAAAUUUUCUCAGUGGUCUUUUGACAAAAGAAAAUCAGAGUAAAGAAGAGAAAGAAGAAUCUCGUAAACUAAAAAAGUGGCGAACUCUUCCAAAUUUGGUAGAUGAAACAAAGUUUUUCAGUAUAUUCAAAAGAUCAACUCCAAACAAGGUAUUUCCCUGGUAUUUUGGACGUGGAUCUCUAUCACCUUCUGAAGAUACUGAAUUGUUCAUAAAAGAUUUGAAAUCGAGAAUUUUAGACCACGAUCAGAGAUUUAUACCCGAACGACAUCAAACAUUGGGAAAUGAGCUAGCAGUAGCACAUAUGAUAGUUUUCAGAGAAGGAAGAGUUCGUCAGCUUGGAUCCGAAAAAUUCUUAUCAUUGGAAAAUUUUGACGAAUUACCGACAACAUAUAAACCUGAAUGGUUUCUUGAAGAAAUUGAUUGUACUAAUAUGAUAAUAAGUUAUAAAGGAUUAUUGAAUUUAAAAGGAUUGAGAUAUUUGAAAAGAGUAACUUAUAAAAAUUGUGAACAUUUUGAUGAUUGGUGUUUAGAAAGAGUCGUGGCUUUAUGUCCACAUCUUGAAUAUUUAGACAUAUCUGAUUGUAAAGAGAUUACAGAACAUGGUCUAGAAUGUCUAUAUAAAGCAUGGAAUUUAAAAGAAUUGGUCGUUACUGAUUGGUAUGAACGUCCUGAAUUCGAAUUGAGUUGCCUUCUUCUAGAAGAUUGUAAGCCAGGUCUAGUCGUGAAACGAUUAGUAAAAUCACCAGAAGAAAGACCAAGUGAUUUAGGAGAUCCAUAUGUUCCAACUCUUUUUGACAAAUAUGUUGGAAAAUUGGAGGAGUUUAUUAAUAAUAAGCGACCAAAAGAUAAUCAACAAUAACUACCUAUAAUUAUAUACAUGUGUAUAAAUUAAUGUACAUAUUUGUAAUAAAAAUAAUUAUUGAUUUAGUUGGA